GCAUGCGCUCGACUGCCUACGCUCCUGAAAGUUGUCAGUGCGUCGGCGCGGAAGUUGGAAAAGGGGGUCUAGAGUAGCCGGCGCGCGCUCACAAGGUCCAAACGAGGUCAAGAGGUCACGAGGAAGACGCUCGCGCUGGCCUCCCGAGGGGUUUGUUCCAUGGAGCAACGAUUAGCGGCGUUCCGGGCCUCUCGGAAGCGAGCCGAGCUAGAGGGAGGGCCCAACAGCUCAGGGAGGAGCGGAAAAACACCGGGGGACGACGUGGCAGCGCCCCCAAUGCCAUCCCAGGAGCAGGGGGGUCCAGGCAGUAGAAUUAAGGAAACAUUUCAGACUCAAGGAAAUCCUUUACAGAAUCCAACAGCUAUUUCUCCAUCACGAUGGGACCAGUCCUUCCUCACAAAUGUUACAUUCUUGAAGGUGGCUCUCUGGUUGGUCUUACUGGGACUGUUUGUAGAACUAGAGUUUGGCCUGGUUUAUUUUGUUCUGUCCUUGUUUUAUUGGAUGUAUGUCGGCACCCGUAGCCCUGGAGAAAAGAAGAAAGGAGAAAAGAGUGCUUAUUCUGUGUUCAACCGUGGCUGUGAACCCAUCCAGGGAACCCUGACUGCAGAACAGUUUGAGCGAGAAUUACAGUUUCGCCCCCUGGCUGUGGGGUAGUCCUUGUUCUCCUGAGUUUUCUGCCACCUCAGUGUUCUUGGACUACUUAGCCCCACUCCCCGGGGCUGGGCUGGACUAAAAUCAAUAUGUAGGUACACUGGGGGGGCAGUCCUGUGUCCAUGAGUGUCAACUUUUUGUUCUCUGAACUCUGUUCUCUUAUCCAUCCUUCCCCUUCUCCUUUCCCAUGUCUCCUGUUGUCGUACCAGUGUCUUUGUUUGCAUUUCCUUCUUUAAUAUUUUUUUUCUGAGAGUCACUAAAAUCCAGUAUUGCAAUUGAUCUGGUGUCUUUUCCAAAAAUUACAUCUUCAACAAAGACUUAUUCUAAUAUUUACACAGACCAAUUUUAGAGGGACAGGGUGGGAGUUGCAUUGUAAAGUAUUUAACUAAUUUGAAAUAAUGAUUCAUUCCUUCACAUGAAGUGCUUCCUAUUAAAAAAUCUUAUCAGUCUGACAAUAAAUUCACAUUUUCAGCACUGUGAGAAUCAUAGGCUUCUUUUAAAUAUUUCAUCCUCAAAGACAAGGUGAAAAUUGUAUUUUGCUUUUCUAUUACUAAUGGUAUUGAAUAUCGCAGAAUGUUCUAGAUUGGUGGGACCUAAGGAAUUGUGUAGAGACCAGUGGUUCUCAAACUUUUUGGCCUUUGGACCCCUUUUACUGUCCUAAAAUGAUUGGGGACCUUCCAAAGAACUUUUAUUUAUGUGGAUUAUACCUAUCAAUAUUUACUGUGUUAGAAAUUAAAAUGUCUUAGUAUUAUCCUGAAAAUAGUUUUGAUCCUGUGGGCCCCCUGAAAGAUUCUCAUGUCACACUUUGAGAACCUCUGGUCUAGUUAACCCUUUAUUUUGUAAAUAGGGAAACUAAGGCCCAGAGAGGGAAAGUGAUUUCUUCAGGGUCAUAAAAAGAGGCCUUAACUAGAUCUUCUGAUUUUAAGGCCAUUGUGCUUUCUGCCAUGGCAUACUCUAUUAAAUCAUGGCCAAGUCACUUCCCCAUCUGUGCAUCAAUUUUGGCACAUUGUAAAAAGAAGGGAAUAGUGGUCUUUUUAGUAAUUACCCACCAUCCCAGGUACAAGCAUCCUUCACCUGUAACUAUCUUUCCUCUUUCCUUCUGUUCUUCAUUUGUCACUUGGGGAAAGGAGAAGAGAAGAGAGAAAAGUGCUGGUGGCAUGUGGUGGGGAGGAAUGGAAGCGUGUCAAUAUUGGUAAUUUUUUAUAAAGGGUUAUUAAAGUGUAGCAUGUAUGCAGAGGGUAGCCCUGGUAGCAGCAUUCCAGACUCACUGGACAUAUGGGCUAAGGGACUGUGAUGCGGGCUUCCUGGGGUAGCCCUGGUUUACUGUAAUCUUUGGAAUAAACAGUCUCUUCAGCUCUUUGCCUUCAUCAUACCAGUAAUAUUUUCUUUCAUGAUGGAGAUAGCAAUAUCUUCUUUCAUAAUGAUUCCUUUUUUGCAAUAUUAGUUUAAAUCCUGUGACAAUCCAGUCUCGGUAUAUGGGAUUCCUGCUAAGUAAAAAAUUUAAAAUAAUUGCUUUCUCUGGGUCAUAUUUAUAAGUAAGUGGAAUCUGCCUAUUUAUCAGUUGUCUCUCUUUCAAAUAAGGGUAUUGGAUUAUAUGGCUUUCAAAUAUAAGUCCUAUGGCCUUAGUACAAAGUUAGAAAUUUUUUCAAGUCAGGGACUCAAGAAAUUAAAGAUGCCUUCAAUUUCUAGGUCCAGUAAUUAGCUUAUAAUUUAAUACUUUAAGGAAGCCUGAUUUUAGUCAUGUGGGUAUUCCCACUGCAAUGCAAAUCGCAACUUUUUCUGUGCCCUAUUACUUAAUUUGAGAAGUUAUGGACAAAAAAAAAAGUCAUCUAGGGACCAACUCUAAAUUGAUAGGCCUCUUCAGACUUAGGUGGUCCUCACGCGAGACAUAUUCAGUUCAUCAUUUGGGCCUUACACAUGAAACCCUUAGAGCACAGUAAGAUCUGCUGUACCUUGUCUUCAGCUGGCGCAGUCUUUAAGGACCAAUGGUCAUUCUCAUGGCACGAUGAGCUAUUGGAAUAGGACUUCAGUAGAGGCCAUUGAUUCAUACAGAAUCUAAAAGGAUUUUUAUUUGAAGUGUUAUUAUGUAACAUAGGCCAGUUGUAAAUUUUUAUUUUUUCAUUAUUAUUGCUUUUUAUUUACUGCAAUGAAGUCUCAGCCAACUUGCUUAUUAAGAAGAGCCUAUUUUUCUGGUUGACUGCAUUUUCUGGAGAAUAACUUAACAUCCCUCUUCAUUGCAAACCUUGUUGAAAAUUAUUUGUAAGAUGAAUUAGACCUUUUUUUGCCUCAAAGUAGAGAAUGGUGAACACAAUUGAAUCUCAGGUCUUAGUUUCCUCUGUUCAAAUGGGGGGGUAGUCCUAGGUGUCUAAGAUGUCCCUUCUAGCUUAACCUUGUGAUCUUCCAAGAUACCUUCUAACUAAAAUAAAAGUGUCUGGUUAAGGAAUAGUGCUGUAAACUAGAGAUGUAAAAGAUGUUUGAAAUAAAGACGAAUAUGAACUAAUUCUAGAA